AUCAGCUGACAACUUUGUUUGAAGUGUAUUGUUGAUUUUGUAUUGUUUAAAAUCGAAUAAAAAUAAAACAAUAACAAAUUGAAAAAAUUAACAAUGUCUAAAGUAACUGUACAGGAUAUUGAAGCAGUAGAUGAUUAUUGGGGGCCAACAUUUCGUUCAAUUCUUGAAGGCAACAAUAGCGAUUCGAUAUCAGAACAGUUAGAUCAACGCAUUCGUAGCCAUGAUAAAGAUAUUGAGCGUAUUUGCAAUCUUUAUUACCAAGGCUUUAUAGAUUCAAUUCAAGAGUUGUUACAAGUAAGAACACAAGCGAAUCAACUACACGAGGAAGUACACAAUUUGGAUCGCUCUUUGCAACACAUUAGCUCGGCAAUAAUAAAACAAGGCAAUGAGUUAGUACGUGCACGUCAAAUUGAAACAAAUUUAGCUAAUGCGGUAGAAGCUCUAAAAUCAUGCUUACCUGCGUUGGAAUGCUAUAUAAAAUUCACACAACAAGCUAGUAACAAACAAUAUUAUCAAUCUUUGCGUACAUUAGAAACUUUAGAAACGCAACAUUUAGCACAUCUUGGUAAUUAUCGUUUUGCUACUCAAAUGCGGCAGUCUAUACCACAUAUUAAAGAGAAUAUACGACGAUCGGCAGAAUCUGAUUUUCGUGAAUUUUUAGAAAACAUACGUAAAUUUUCACCAAAAAUAGGUGAAGUUGCCAUUACUCAUACUAAAAAACUACAAAAGCGUGAUAUUAAUUCCAUUAUAUUGGAGCAUAAGUUACAUCGUACAGUAGCUGGCGCCGAUGAUGACAAUUUAAGUGCACAAGACUUAAUCGAUUUUUCACCAAUAUAUCGUUGUUUACAUAUAUAUAUGGUACUUGGUCAACGUGAAUACUUUGAGAAAGACUACCGUCAACAAAGACGUGACCAAGCAAAAUUAGUAUUACAACCACCUCCAGUUAUGCAUGACAACUUAGAGGCAUACAAGACAUAUAUUUGUGCAAUAGUUGGAUUCUUCGUUGUCGAAGAUCAUGUAAAAAAUACAGCUGGUGAUGUUGUAACUGCUUCAUAUUUAGAAGAAUUAUGGUCCACAUCACUAACAAAAUUUGUUAAUGAAAUAAGUAUGAGUUCUUCUUCUUGUACAGAUCCAAACAUUUUGUUAAGAAUUAAAAACUUAAUUAUGCUUUCAAUAAAUACAUUCAAGUGCUAUGGAUAUACAGUCAAUAUGUUGUGGGAAUUACUGCAUAAUAUGAGGGAUCAUUAUAAUGAGGUUCUUCUACAGCGUUGGGUGCAUGUAUUUCGUGAUAUUUUGGACAAGGAGCAAUUUUUGCCUAUGAUUGUAGAAAACCAGGAAGAAUACGAAGCUAUCAUUGAACGUUUUCCCUUUCAUUCGGAGCAGUUGGAAAAUACUCCAUUUCCUAAGAAAUUCCCUUUUUCACGGAUGGUGCCUGAAGUAUACCACCAAGCUAAAGAAUUUAUGUACGCAUGUAUGAAAUUUGCAGAAGAGUUAACACUUUUACCAAAUGAGGUGGCAGCUAUGGUUCGCAAAGCUGCCAAUCUUCUGUUGACCCGUAGUUUCAGUGGUUGCUUGUCAGUAGUAUUUCGUAAUCCAAGUGUAGCACUGACACAACUUAUACAAAUUAUUAUAGAUACACAAUAUUUGGAAAAGGCUGGACCAUUUUUAGAUGAAUUUGUUUGCCACAUGACCAAUACUGAGAGUAAUGUAUCUCAAACACCAUCUGCAAUGUUUCACGUAGCACGGCAAGAUGCAGAAAAGCAAGUUGGUGUACGAAUAUGUUCGAAAAUUGAUGAAUUCUUUGAGUUAUCGGAGUAUGAUUGGUUAUUGGUUGAACCUCCAGGUAUUGCAUCAGCGUUUAUAACAGAUAUGAUAUCUUAUUUAAAGAGCACAUUUGAAAGUUUUGCAUACAAGUUGCAAACAAUUGCACAAGCAGCAUGUCGACGCACCUGCGAACAUAUUGCAGACAAAAUGUAUGCUAUACUUUUUGACGAAGAAGUUAAACAAAUUUCAACCGGUGCACUUCAACAAAUAAAUUUGGAUUUAUUGCAAUGUGAGUUCUUUGCCGCUUCGGAACCGGUGCCUGGUUUAAGUGAGGGUGAACUUUCGAAAUAUUUUCUUAAGAAUCGUCAAUUACUAGAUUUACUGAUAAUGGAGGAAUGGAGUGGCUAUUUGCAUGACUAUGGAAAAGAAGGCAAUCGCUGUUAUCACUUGGUUCAUCCACAAUCAUUAAUUGUGAUAUUAGAAAAAAUGCGUGAAGCUGAUAAGAAGACAAUGUUUUCUGUAUUACGUAAAAAUGAUAGAAAGAAACUGUUAGAAACAGUUUUAAAACAACUAAAACAUUUAGCAGAAAAGCAAACUUAAUAUUU